AUGUACUCUGUCCUGUUUGAUCUUUUGCUUUGCAUAUAUAAUCUUGGAAGCCCAAAGAGGGUCUUGCAUUCUCUGAAAAGUGCCUUUGCUAAGAAUCGCCCUUGUGCAUCCCAGUGUCUUCUUCAAAAUUGUUGUGAGGAUGACCUGCUUUGCACACGUGCUUCUCCUUCCCCAUUGCAGCUGUUGUCCAGUGGGUUUGGGAUUCAUCCGAGUUCCCUUAAUAAAUCGAAUGCAAGCGAUGGUUCAUUCAAGCUCCCAAGAUACAUCUCAGGUCCUGAUGUUUACACAGUGAAGAUCUUUCAAUAUUUUUGGAUAUUAGAGGAAGUAGAACAACAUCAUACAUUGCAUCUCCUUGUGAAAGUAGCUGUGCGCAUUGAGCUUCUCAGUGGGAUUUCUUAUGGACCACAUGUCUUUAAUGCAGCAACGAAUGCUACAUCUGGUCAAACAGAAAACGUAUCUCCGGGCUUGUCCACUUUACCAGCAUUUGGAAGGAAAUAUGACGUUAAUAGUGUAGCCAAUGAGCCUCUGUUGUUGUCCAAGGAUGUCAAUGUCUCAGACUCCUCCAUUCUUGGAUAUCCAAGAGCUCCUGCAUUUGGUGUUCCAAGCAACUCACACGUUGGCACCCCAAGAUUUGAUUCCUAUUCCUUUGGCCAACCAGCAGUAUACAUGUCAGGGAGCAAAGGAAACGAAAGUACAACACCUUUGCUCAAGAGCUCUGGUUUUGGAAAGUCUGCAUUUGGUAUUAAUCAGAAAGGAAGUAGAACAACAUCAUACAUUGCAUCUCCAGAGAUAGAUAGUAUAAGACCCGGUGGUGCAAACAUUCAAUCCAUUUGUGGAAUGCAGACUUAUCAAGAUAAAAGCCAUGACGUGUUGAGGUUUGAGGACUACCAGUUAGGUGAUAAAGGAACAUUAGCCUCUAAUGCAGCAACGAAUGCUACAUCUGGUCAAACACAAAACAUAUCUCCGGGCUCAUCCACUUUACAAACAUUUGGAAAGAAAUAUGACGUUAACAGCGUGGCCAAUGAACCUCUGAUGUGGUCCAGGGAUGCCAAUGUCUCAGGCUCCUCCAUAUUUGGAUCUCUAAAACCUACUUCAUUUGGUGUUUCAAGCAACUCACACUUUGGCACCCCAAGAUUUGAUUCCUAUUCCUUCGGCCAAGCAGCAGUAUCCAUGUCAGGGAGCAAAGGUUUACUUUACUGUCCAUUUUCUCAUGUAUUGGAGCAGAUGAUAUAAGAUUAUAUACCGGUCAAUGUGCAUUACUAUAUGCUCUACAUUGAUUUGAAAUCCAUGUUGAUCUUUUGUCAAAUAUUAGUACUAAGUACUAUUAAUUCCUACUUUAUAUUUUUGGAUAUCCUAAGUGUUUAAUCUUUAGAUC